UUAUUUCUGUUGCAUCAGAAAACAACAACAACUGAUAUUAAAAAUAAACAGGACAAAUAAACGGAAAUUAACAGGACAAAGGCUUUUUGAUAAACAUAGAUACAUACACAUAGGAAAAAUUAAAAACAAAAUAAAAGCAAAUUUGUAUAAAUACCGGUAUUUUUUAAAGAAUAUAAUAAGAACUAUAAUUUUGACAAAAUUUUUGCACUAAAAAUCUAAGCAAUAUAUUUAAAGGAAAACACAGCAUGUUUAAAAUUAGAACUUUACGGGAAAUACCACAAUCUCCAGCUGAUGUGGGAUGUUUAAUAUUUUUGCUGUCGUUUGUGCCUGUAAGUUUUAUUUUCGAAUUGUGUAUUGUAAUGCCAUCAUUCCAUGAAGCGGGCAGCAUAAUGUUUGUCUUAACAUGGUUAGGAGGUGUUUAUAUUGUCUACAAUAUAAUGGGAAACUUUAUUGCCUGUAUAUUAGAGGAUCCCAGUAUAAGAGGUUUAAUGCUGAAACCUCCUUUGGAACCGCAACUACGUAAACAUUGGCGUUUGUGUAGUGUGUGUGAACUUUUGGCUCCGCCACGCUCUUGGCAUUGCGAUACCUGUAAAACAUGCAUUCUCAAGAGGGAUCAUCAUUGCAUUUUCACCGCCAAUUGUGUGGGUCAUCGUAAUCAACGUUACUUUUUAAUGUUUCUCCUACAUUCUCUUAUCGGUUGUGCCUAUUCGUGUAUCUAUAACAAUUUGUUCAUUUGGUGGCUGCAUAAUGAUUUCUUUUGGAAUUUACGUACGGCUUUUAAGCUUGUUUUUCCAUUCUUAGGUUUCUUUAUGGAGUUUUCCUGGCUUAAUGUUUAUCUCUUUUUGUAUGAAAUCAAUUUAGUUUUAUUUAUCUAUAUCAUUGUACUUUUAUGUUUUCAUCUGCCCAAUAUCCUGAAAGGUGCCACUACUUAUGAACGUAAUUUAUCUCAUUAUGAUUUGGGUUGGAAGAAGAAUAUUGAAAUGUUUUUGGGCAAACGUUGGUAUUUAGUGUGGUUGUCGCCUUUUUUGAAUAGUCCUCUUCCGCAUGAUGGUAUACAUUGGGAGAAUGUUUUAAAACAGACAACAAAAAAUCGUUAAAUCGAAUUUUAUUUUGAAAUUAGCAAUAGUUUAUCACAGACAUUUCAUUUAAAAAUUAAGUAGCAUGUAAAGGAAAUAAAUUAAACAUUUUUUAAAGUA